CGGUUUUUUGCGAACCAGAGGAAACGAUGGUUGGUGGCUGCCGGUAGUAGUUGUGUCCGGGCGCAGCGACAGCUGUAGUCAUGUCAAACAAGGAAGUGAAAGCAGCAUUGAAAAGUGCCAGAGAUGCAAUAAGAAAUAAAGAGUAUAAAGAAGCACUGAAACAUUGCAAGGCAGUAUUGAAACAAGAAAAAAAUAAUUAUAACGCUUGGGUAUUCAUUGGCCUGGCAGCAGCUGAAUUAGAACAACCCGAACAAGCCCAAGGUGCAUAUAAGAAGGCUGCUGAACUUGAUCCUGGGCAGUUGCUGGCAUGGCAGGGCUUAGCAAAUUUGUAUGAAAAAAAGAACCAUACAGAUGUCAGAGAAGACUGGAUUAAUGUUUACGAGAAACUACUAGAACUCUAUGAAAAUACUGAUCAACAGAAAUGGUGUGAAGUAUGUAAAAAGCUUGUGGAGCUGUAUCAUAAAGAUAAACAAUAUCUUCAGGUGGCUCGAAGUUGGCACAAACUAAUAAAAAUAAGAAGAGAAGGAGGUGCAGACAAUGCUGAACUUCAUCAGCUUUGGAAGAGAUUGGUCCAGUUGCUAGAAGAAGGCAUACAUCUUAAAGAUAAUGAAAUAGAGCAAUUGUUUCUUAAUGCAUUUGAAGAGGCAGUUAAUUCUUCAGAACCAGUUCCAAGUGAAGAGCAUGAAAAGAUUUACAGGGAAUUCCUUCAGAGUUUGUCAAAAUUUCCUCAUGAGUCUUCUAGAAUGAAGAAGGCCUGUAAAGAAAUGAUGAUUUCCUAUCCUACCGUGAGUUAUCCCCUGGAAGUUCUUUGCUUACACUUCAUUCAAUCAGGUAGCUUGACUGAGGAGGCUCUCGGUUGUUGUCAGAAACUUUUGGAUAUUGAUUCAAGAAGUGGUCCAGCUCUUAUCAUUUUAGGGAUUCGGUCCCUCCAAGAAAAGAAUUACAAUGAGGCUGAAAAAAAGCUUAUCGAAGGUUUGCAGCAGACCAGCCAGUGUCCAGUAGGAUGGUGUUAUUUAGGGAAGGUGCAAAUGAAAAUGCAUAAAUACAAAGAAGCUGUUCAUUCUUGCAAUCAAGCUUUAAAGAUUCUGGGACAACUAAAUGACCCAAGUUUCAUUCAGCAACAGAAAAACGUCACCCAUCAUUUGAGAGCAAAGGCCUUCAUUAAAAUUCCAGGUGCUAACUCUGCUGAUGAAGCCAUAUCUUCCCUCAAUCAGAUCUUGGAUACAAACGAUGAUCCAAAGCUUAUAGCUCUUAAAGGACAAGCCUAUCUAAAAAAAGACCUUACUGAUGAAGCUUUGAAGAUUGCGCAAGAGCUUAAGCUGGCACAUCCAGACCUGGCAGAAGCCCACUACCUUGAAGGGUUGAUUCAUUAUAGACAGAAGAACUAUCAUCAGGCAGAAAUGAGUUUCCAGAGGGCUAUAGCAAAAGAAGCUGAAAUAGCUGAAUUCCAUUUUUGGCUGGGCCUCACUUACUGGUUUAUGAAUGAAGAGACAAGAAAAGAUAAAUCAAAAACCCUCACUCAGUUUCUAAAGGCAGCAAAACUGGACAAUUUCCUGGGAGAUGCUUUCCAUUAUUUAGGUCAAUAUUACAGAGAUGUAGCUGGAGAUAAAAACAGAGCUCUUGGCUGCUAUAAAAAGGCUUUUGAAAGAGAUAAAACAGAUGGCGUGACUGGAGCAGCAGUAGUAGACUUGAGCACUGAGCUUGGAGACUUGGAAACUGCCCUUGCCAUCUUGACAGAGGUAACAGAAGAAGCAAGUGCUGGGAGAGCAAAAUGGGCCUGGCUUCGCCGAGGACUUUAUUAUCUGAAAGUGGGGCAACAUUCACAAGCAGUGGCAGAUUUGCAGGCAGGUCUGCGAGCAGAUCCAAAGGACCCCAAUUGUUGGGAAUCUCUAGGAGAGGCAUAUCUGAGUCGAGGAGGCUACACAACAGCACUGAAGUCAUUCCGAAAGGCAAGAGAACUCAACCCCAAGUCUAUAUAUAGUAUUUAUAAGGCUGCUGCAAUUGAACAAAUUCUUGGAAAAUAUAAAGAGGCUAUUGCAGAAUAUCAGCAUAUUUUGGAGAAAUCAAAAGAUUAUGUCCCUGCACUGAAAGGUUUGGGAGAGUGUUAUCUCAUGAUGGCAAAGUCUGCUCUUGCUGACUAUCUGGAUGGGAAAGCUUUGGACUAUAUAGAACAGUCCCUUGAUUUCUUGGCACGAGCAGCAAAAUAUCGUCCAGAAGUAUCCUGCCUUUGGAAGUUGCUUGGAGAUGCCUGUAACUGUGUAUGCGUUAUUUCACCAUCCAAAGUGAAUGUGAAAGUUUUAGGAUUCCUUAUUGGCCAGAACAUGGAAAAAUGUGUGCUCCAAAAAACUGAUCUGCUGAGUCUUGGGGGAAGGUGUUAUGGUAGAGGACUAAAACUGAUGUCUUCACCAAAUACAUGGUGUGAUCUUGGAAUAAAUUAUUAUAAUCAAGUACAGCAUCUUGCAGCGAUGGGCAGUAACAAGAGUGAAAUUAGUGAACUUUUAGAAAGAUCCAUGCAGUGUCUGAAAAAAGCAGUGAGAUUAGACAGUAAAAACCGUCUCUACUGGAAUGCCCUUGGUGUGGUAGCCUGUUGCAAAGGUGUUGGAAACUAUGCUCUUGCACAACAUGCAUUCAUUAAAUCUAUUCAAGCGGAUCAAAUUAACGUUGUUGCCUGGACCAAUCUGGGAGUCUUGUAUUUAACAAGUGGAAAAAUAGAGCAAGGACAUGAAGCUUUCAAAGUAGCCCAGUCUCUGGAACCCUCCCAUCUAACCUGUUGGAUUGGGCAGGCCCUUGUUGCAGAAACUGUAGGCAGCUAUGAAACAAUGGAUCUCUUCAGGCACACCACUGAACUCAGCAUGCAUACGGAAGGUGCAAAAGGCUAUGCCUACUGGGUAUGCUCAACCUUGCAAGAUAAAACCAACAGAAAUACUGAACUGUAUAAGUACAACAUCAUUCAGAUGAAUGCUAUUCCAACAGCACAAGUUGCUUUGACCAAAUAUACUGAAAGAAUCCAAAAUGAUGCAUGUGCUUUUACAAUGCUUGGUUAUUUGAAUGAGUAUCUUCAGCUGAAAAAACAGGCAACAGAUGCAUACCAAAGGGCAGUGCUAUUGCUGGCGAAUUCUGAUGAUAGAGAGAGAUAUAGUAUAGUGAUGAGAAAUUAUGGAAGAUCACUCUGUGCUCUUGGCCAGUGUGAUGAUGCCAUCAAGGCUUAUUUGGCGACUCAUCUGAUAGAAUUUGAUGAUAUUGUAGGAAUUGCUCUGUCUUACUUCAAGAAAGGACAUUUCCAAGAAAGUCAGAAGGCUUAUGAGAAAGCCCUUGCCGUUGCGGAGUCUGAGCAAGAUAAAGCAUAUAUAUUAACAGCCCUUGCAAUAAUAGAAUACAAACAAAAUCGAGUGGAUGCUGCAAAGACCCUCUUAUUUAAAUGUUCUAUAUUACAGGAACCUAAUAUGGAAAGUCUGCAAGCUUUAUGCAGUUUAGGGCUGGUCAAGCAGGAUGCUACACUUGCAACAGCAGCACUUAAAGAACUAUUAAAGCACACAGGAAAAAAAGACAAUAUUUAUAAGCAGUGCCUUCUUACAUCUGCUGUCUAUGCAUUACAAGGCAGACAUCUGGUUGUUCAGAGGCAAGUUUCUAAAGCUGUCCACAGCAACCCAGAUAAUCCUGCCCUCUGGUCCCUGUUGUCACGACUGGUCCCUCGCUAUGUUCCACAAAAUGCCAAGGGUGGGGCUGUGGCAGGAAGUAUUGCUUGUAUUCUUGAUCUAAAUCAUGGGAAGAAAGCCUUGCUGAAUACUGCAGUUAAUCAGCUGGCCAUAGGAUGUCACAAAGCUGCAAAUAAAAAGAAUAUCCAAAAGGCAAUUCAUCUUUCUCCAGAUGAUCCUGCAGCUUGGGCAGUACUCCUGGCUGCUUGCCAUGCAGAAAACACAAUUGUUCAUCUGCAUAAUAAGCAGGCCAAGCAGACACAUUUGGAAAAAAUGAUUGUCACCACAAUCUCAGCUAAGACCAAAGAAAAGGAUCUUCCAGCUUCCAAAGCUCAAGCAAUUGAAGAGUGGUCUCUUUUCCAAGCUAUUACUGGCUUAAAUGAGGCGGGUAGAACUUCAGAAGCUGAGGCUCUCUGUGAAAAGGGAUUAAAAAAAUUUCCUGAGCAGCCAGUGUGGUACCUGCUCUUAAGGCAAGUUCAAUGCAAACCACUUUUGCAGUCCCGCAAAGAGCUUCCUGAUGCCAUCUUGGAAGAGCUCCGAAAAGCAGUUCUCUCCAACUCCACAUUGAUUACAGCUUGGCAUUGGUUGGCACAAGUCUAUCAAUCACAGGGAAUGAUGGUUGCUGCAGAGAUGUGUUACCGAAAAAGUCUGAAGUUGGCUUCCCAGCAAGGCAACUUGAGUGGGAAACUCUCUAGUCUUCUAAGACUUGCUAAACUUGCCCUGGAAAUCUGUAUGGCCAAUGUUUUGAAUGAUCACUGGCCAUCUCUAGUUCAAGAAGCUACAACAGAAGCUAUGAAAAUUUCUUUCUGCCCGCUGGGUAUUCUAUUUCAAGCACUUAUGCAGUACAAUCGCAAAAUGGGUUCACGAGAAACACGUCGUAUGUUGGAGAGAGUGGUAUAUCAAUCUGGAUUUCCAGAAACUGUUGUAACAGUUGCCCGAUGGUAUCUCUUAAGACAUUUAUAUGCCAAAGAUGAUUAUGAAUUAAUAGAUGCUCUUAUAGCAAAUGCCAAAGCUAAUGGAGAUACUCAAGUUUUGGAAUUAGACAAGAAACUCUCAGCAGCAGCCUCCUAGCACAAACAUUAGUGAAGAAUCAGAAUAACUUCGGAGGCCUUUGGAAACAUGUUGAUGACAAAUACCUUGACUUUAAAUCAGAAGUGCUAAUAGUCUGAUUUGUAUUAAAAGGAACCAAUGAUUAAACUAACUGAUUGAAAUUCAGUUGAAGUUUACCUAAUCUGUGCUCCUAGUGAGAAAUUCCAGUGUAUGCUAGUGGCCUUGGAAAGCACAAAGGUUUGACCUCUGCUCUAGUGCAGAGUAAAUAUGAAAGAUUUCUGUCUUUGAAAUGGAGCCUUAAUAAUAUAUCCAUGUGCUAAAUAAACUUUGGUCUGUCUUCAUAGCCUGCUAAGACCUUGCUGUUUCUGUCCAUCUCCAUUUUAUUAUCAUUUAGCAGUAUAUCUUUCUGCAGCUUCUCAAGCAAAAUAAAUAACCUUUUAACUUGGUGGGUGAUGAAGCAAUAAAAUGUGUUGAGACAUUGCAUACAAACUGUUUACAUCUUACUCUAUAUGCACGAACUUUUAAUUCAGAACCCUAUGAUUUCAAUAAAACAUUCAUUUUCCUCCUGGCUAUAUUUAAUGUCAUGUGUCAUAGCUAUCUUUCACAGUAUAGUUGCAUUACUUUGAUUUCUGACAGAUGAUUGGUAGAGCCUAACUGAGAAAAACAGAUUUUCAGUUCUCUUGUGUUCUUCAUAAGAGUACAUUUUGGAAAUAAAUAUUUUUAGUUUAAAUUAGAUUCAAGGAUGAUAUGAGGCUAGUUGAUGUUCCUUGUGCAUCAAGUUCAAGAGUUUUCAGAAUAGAUUACCUUGGAAUACAGCAUGAAACAGGUGGCAAAUAUAAAGUAGAACAUGCUUUUAACAGAACUAUGUUAAGCUGCCCAGAGUCACUGGUCUGAGAUGGGUGGCUAUAUAAAUUGAAUGAAUGAAUGAAUGAUUUCAUUAUUCUUGCCUUAAACUGUUUUUAAUAUGCAAAUGUUGAAGCUAUAAUUUGAAGCCAAAGGGUAGAGAGGAGUCGUAUUUUUUUAAUUUCAAGCCAUUUGUAAUUUAAUUCUUUUUUUCCACUGCCACCACCUCCCUGCCCCCCAAAAUAUAGGUAAGUAUCUCUUGUACCUACAAGCAAGAUUAAAUAGGACAAGUUUGGGGCAGAAAUAUACCAGAAAAGGAAAGGAUUAAAAAAUGUUCCUUCCACAUUAAAUUCCAAUUUUUAAUUAAUUUAAUUUAUUACAUGUACAUGCUGCUCAACUCCCAAUGACUCUGGGAGGGGUAGUAUGAAAAAUCUGAGAACUACCACUCUCUUUGACUGGAUUGCUCAUAUUUAACCCCUGUUAAGAAUUCUUCACACAAAUGCAUUAUGCUCUAAUCGUUUUGUUUUGUAAUGUGGGUUUUUAUGUUAAUGGCAAUCAGUUUGCUUGUUAUUAAAGUGAAAUUAUAUUUGUU